GAUCAACAAAACUAGUCGUGACAUAACUAUUUUAUUUUAUCAAAUGACUAACGAAAAAAGAGAAAGAAAGUAAAUGAAGUUUGACCCUGUAAAUAGUAAACAUCGGAGACGAGGAGUGGGACAUUCCGAGGGCCCACAAGAAGAAGAAGGGGAAAGCCGUUCGGCCAGCCACUUCCCGAAACUCCGCCUUCGAAAGGCUGGGGACGGGGAAGAGGGCCAGAGAAAAUCAGCCAAGCUGAGGCUGGGGCAAAGUGUUGCCCAUGUCAGCGCAUUCGCCCGGUUAGGCAAGGUGAGGGAGGCCGAGCCUGCCCGCACCCGGCGCUCCCGAUCUAACUGGCAGGAGCCAGCGAGGACGAGAGCCUCUCGUCAGGAAGAGGAAGCAGAGAGCCAGCCCAGGUUACCGGUGGCGAACCGGUUAACCAUCCUAAAUGACCGCGUCCAGCAGAUGGAGGCAAAACUGGAAAGGCUGGAAAAGAAGGUCGGGGAAAAGAAUGACCGGGACAAACUCCUGGCUGGGUCCCCGUUCACCACAAGGGUCCAUCUAACACCUUUCCCGCGAAAGGUCAAGAUCGACGCCCCUAGAUUCACUAGGAAGGAAGAUCCGGAAAUCCAUCUGGACUCCUUCAACCAAAGUGCAACCAUGAACGGCUGCACAGACGAAGAAAAGUGUCUGCUUUUCUUCCAAACCCUGCGGAAUCGAGCUACUGAAUGGUUCAACAAACUUCACCCAGGAAGUAUUGAUUCAUUCAGUGACUUGGCCUCAAAAUUCAAGGCCAAGUUCCAGGAGAACUGUACUAAAAGGAAGAAAUUCACUUAUCUUAGUACAGCCGGGCAGAUGGAGUCUGAGAACCUUACUCAGUUCCUUACCCGGUGGAAGGAAGAGGUAGACAAAGUGGAAGAGAUGGAUGACAAGACCGUCUUAUCCCUUCUCUUGAAUGGCUUACGUGCCGGGGAACUAUACAAGGAGUUCUGCCGGAAACCCCCGGCCACGUACCAAGAGACCUACCACACUGCAUGGGAGUUUGCUGAGGCUGAAACCCAACUCCGGGCAAAGAAAAAGCUGAGCAUGGCUUCAAGCCCAAGCCGGCCAAGGCAUCACUAUGACCCGGUUGUCCGUAUGGUCAAUACGGAAAAAUGCCGAGAAAUUCGGAAAGCACCGGUCAUUCCUCUGGAAAACCCUACCGGUCAAACAGGACGACAAUGGUCGGGCACCUAUUGUUCAUACCAUAGGUCAGAUUCCCAUAACACUUCCGAAUGCAAGAGUGUUAGGGGAGUCAUCCGGCAAAUGAUAGACAGCGGGGAGCUGGGCAAGGAUUAUUUGGAGAAAGCCCAUGAGAAGAGCCACCAAUGGGUUAGGCCAGCGACCCAGGGAAAUGACCGGGAUACUGACCGACGGAGGAAUAACCGGCAAAGGGAGCAGCAACCUGCUCUUGAAAAAGAACAUAUUGGGAUGAUCCUCGGCAGACCUGAAGGUGGUGUGGGUGAGGUGAAAGGCGACAAGAGGAAUGCCUGGGAGUGCUAUGCCCGGGCAGUCAAGAAGAUGACCAAGGGGGUCAAUGUCAUCUCCCAAGAGAUCACAAAGGGAGAGACCCGGGAGAAAUUGGAGCCCGAGGCCGAGACAGUGGAAAUCGAACUUCACCCGGGUGAUUCUUCGAGGAUGGUCAGAAUUGGAGCAAAUCUCCCAGAAGAUCUCAAGGCAGAGAUUACACGGGUCCUCAAAGAAUACGCGGGCAUAUUCGCAUGGAGCGUGGCGGAUAUGCCCAGAAUAGAUCGCUCUGUUAUCUGCCACCGGUUGGCCGUGAGAGAGGGAAGUCGACUGGUACGCCAGAAGAAGCGGUACUUGGCCAGUGACCGGAGAGACUUCGUCAGGAAGGAGGAGAUGGCAGUUGAUGGGGCAUCCGGUCCUAAAGGAUACGGGGGUGGUAUCGUAUUUACCACCCUAGAAGGGUUCAAGAUCUACCAUGCACUCGUCUUUAACUUCAAGGUGACAAACAACGAGGCGGAAUAUGAAGCUCUGGCCGGAGGGCUCAGACUUGCCCAAGCCCUGAAGAUCAACCGGGUCAGUAUCAAAUCUGACUCUAGUUUGAUUGUUGGGCAAGUGACUGGCAAUAUGGAAGCAAAGGAAGGACGAAUGGCACAAUACAAGGACCUGGUGCUUGCUUUGUUGAAAGGCUUCGAGGAAUUCAAGAUCGCCCAAAUUCCCCGAGCGGAGAACGCGGAUGUAGACCUUCUCUCCAAGUUGACGUAGUAUGCUCCCGAGCAUGUUUCAAAACUUGCCCGGGUGGAAAUCCUGGAUUGAGCCAGCAUCGAAAAAUUGGAAGUCGCCGCUAUAACAGCCGGAAGCCAAUCUGACCGGUCAAACCUGGUCGGGGCGGACGACCAUUGGAUGUAUGAUCUAAUGGAAUACUUAAUGGAUGGGAGCUUUCCUGAACAAGAUGACCGGGCAAGAAAAGUGAAGCUCAGGG